AUGACUUUUUCUGAGAAGGUGACCUUACAAGGGAUUUGCAUCGAGACCCUGAGUCACACCACUGCCCAUGGGGUCUCCAGCAUCUUACGCUCCAAAUCUCGAUUUCAGCGAAACUGUUGGAUCAUCUUUGUUUUCUUCGUCAUAGCCUCUACAGUGUGGCAGUGCAGUGAACUCAUCGUUUCAUUCUUACAGUAUCCUUCUCAAGAGAAAGUGACUUUGGUCAACAGCGCUCGAGUAAAAUUUCCUGCUGUCACCUUCUGCAACCUCAACAGACUACGGAAGUCACUGAUCAACUCAAAAUACAGCUUCUUAAAGAAGGAACUUCCAUUUCUGGACGACAGCGUUCAUGGACAUUCCAACGAGACUAACAGCCAAGAGGCCCUGAGCCAUGACUACAACCGUCUUGGCUAUGCUCUGUCCAGGCUCAGCCCUGAGCAGCAAAAGGAGGUUGGACAUCAGCUGGAAGACAUGCUCAUUUCUUGUAACUUCCAUGGCAAAGAGUGCGACAAGAGCUUCUUCAGCAGUUUUCUGAACCAUAAGUUUGGGAAUUGUUACACCUUCAACAGCUUAGUGCAAAUGAGCAACCGUGGACAGCUGAGAAGAAGAGACGUUCUCAACGCCACAAAGGCAGGAUUCAGUUAUGGUCUAACCAUGGAACUGUUCAUAGAGCAGGAAGAAUAUUUUCAACAGCUGAGCCAUGCAGCUGGAUUGCGUCUCGUCAUCCAUGACCAGAAGGAUAUGCCUUUUCCAGAAGAUGAUGGAGUUAAUGUCCCUCCUGGACAGGAGGCUGACGUUGCCAUUGUGAAGCUUCAUGUUCACCGUCUGAAGGCUCCUUAUGGCAGCAACUGCAGUAAUGGAGAGGAGAUCCACAACUACUACCGUGAUAAGUACAAGGUUGGCUACACACAAGAGGCAUGCAAGAAGACGUGUGGCCAGAUGUACAUCAUCAACAACUGCGGCUGUGGACUGUGGGAGUUUCCUUUCCCCAAAGGGCAGAAUAUUCCUUUCUGUAACAUCUCCAACGGAGAGAUUAAUCAAUGUGUGCAGCUCUAUGAAGACAAAUUUGCUCACGACGAGCUUGAAUGUAACUGUGCCCCACAAUGCGAAGAGGAAAUCUUUGAGCUGACCCUUUCAUCAUCCCAGUGGCCUAGUGCUGUAUAUAUGGAUGAAUUUGCUUGGAAGCUGAGGCAAUCUGGAGGAAAACUCUCAAAGGCAGCCGACAAUAUCAGAGACAAUGUCCUUAAAGUGGUCAUCAACUAUCAGCAACUGAAUUAUGAACUUAUUGAAGAAGCCCCAGCUUUUCAGAUGUUGAAGCCAUUUUUGCCCUUCUUUGCUCCUCGUUACUCACACAAGUGCAGGGAAUCUCCAAUGAAGAGCAUCUAA